UGCGAUUGCAGCCACAGGUGGCUCACCUGUAUGAGAACGCGCGCGAGCGCCGUGCUGCGGCCAGCGGCGACGGCGGCGCGCUUGCAUUCCAGCACGCGCACUCCCGGUGCAACGGAACGAAAGCGCACGCGGGGCGACAAACCUCUGGAAAUAUCGACCGUUUGCACCGGAAAUAACCGACGGAAAAAUAAACAAACGCGCCACCGGCACUGAAGGGAGCGCGAGGACGCACGGGGGGGGCAGAGGCAACGGAGGUUCGGUAAAGUGCCGCCGGUAACGCCACGUCGACUGGAAGAAAGACCCCCAACAGCUCGGGGCACGUCGGUCCGACCCGGUCUUCCUCGAGCCAUGCUGGACCCGUCCUCCAGCGAGGACACCGGCGGGGAGUCCGACCCAGAAGCCGCCCGCGAGCCUCCGAAGAAACCGGCGGGCGGACCGGCGGGGAAACGCGGUGAAAACAACGGCAGCAGCAGCCGGGCGGGCGGCGAGCGGCGUCGGUCCGCCGCACCUGGAGCUGAACCCGGUCCAGGUGCUCCAGACAGCGGGGCUGCAGGUGAGGAGCAGCAGCAGGAGGAGGAGGAGGACGAGAUGAAGGAGCGGGAGCGCAUUCAGAAGGAGGAAGAGGAGCGGAAGAUGAAGCUGCAGAUUUACGUGUUCGUGCUCCGGUGCAUCGCGUACCCGUUCAACGCCAAGCAGCCCACCGACAUGGCCCGGCGGCAGCAGAAGGUGAACAAGCAGCAGCUGCAGGCGGUGAAGGAGCGUUUCCUGGCCUUCCUCAGCGGGGAGACGCAGAUCGUGGCGGACGAAGCGUUCUGCAACGCCGUGAGGAGCUACUACGAGGGCUUCCUUAAGAGCGAGCGCGUCUCCCGGAUGGUCCACAGCGGCGGCUGCUCGGCCGGCGACUUCCGCGAGAUCUUCAAGAAGAACAUCGAGCGGCGCGUCCGCAGCCUCCCGGAGAUCGACGGCCUGAGCAAAGAGACGGUGCUCAGCUCCUGGAUCGCCAAGUACGACGCCAUCUACCGGGGGGAGGAGGACGCGCGGCGCCCGGCCCAGCGCCCCCACCUGAGCGCCGCGUCGGAGCUCAUCCUCAGCAAGGAGCAGCUGUACGAGAUGUUCCAGCAGAUCCUCGGCAUCCGCAAGUUCGAGCACCAGCUGCUGUACAACGCCUGCCAGCUGGACAACGUGGACGAGCAGGCGGCUCAGAUCCGCAGAGAGCUGGACGGAAGGUUACAGCUGGCCGAGAAGAUCUCCAGGGACGGGAGACACCCGAAGUUCGUCUCCGCCGACAUGGGGCCCCUCUACGUGGAGGAGCUGCGCUCCUCCGUCAACCUGCUCAUGGCCAACCUGGAGAGCCUGCCGGUGUCCAAAGGAGGUCCGGACUUCAAGCAGAAGCUCAAACGCUCCACCAUGAACAACUCCUUCCUGGACAUGGGAGACGAGGGAGACGUCCUGUCCAAGUCCGACGUGGUGCUGUCCUUCACUCUGGAGAUUGUGAUCGUGGAGGUCCAGGGUCUGAGGUCCGUGGCUCCGAACCGGGUGGUGUACUGCACCAUGGAGGUGGAGGGAGGAGAGAAGCUGCAGACGGACCAGGCCGAAGCCUCCAGACCGCAGUGGGGGACGCAGGGGGACUUCACCACCACCCACCCGCUGCCCUCCGUCAAGGUGAAGCUGUUCACUGAGAGCACCGGGGUUCUGGCGCUGGAGGACAAGGAGCUGGGCCGGGUGGUCCUGAACCCAACCACCAACGGACCGAAGCAGGCCGACUUCCACCGGAUGGUCGUCCCCAAAAGCAGCCAGGACACCGAGCUGAAGAUCAAGCUGGCCGUCCGCAUGGACAAGCCCCCCAACAUGAAGCACAGCGGGUACCUGUACGCCUCGGGGCAGAGAGUCUGGAAGCGCUGGAAGAAAAGAUACUUUGUCCUCGUCCAGGUGAGUCAGUACACCUUCGCCAUGUGCAGCUACAGAGAGAAGAAGGCGGAGCCUCAGGAGCUGAUGCAGCUGGAGGGCUACACGGUGGACUACAGCGACCCUCAGCCAGGCCUGCAGGGCGGCCGCGUCUUCUUCAGCGCCGUGAAGGAGGGCGACCUGGUGAUGCUGGCCUGUGACGACGAGCAGGACCGGAUGCUGUGGGUCCAGGCCAUGUACCGGGCCACGGGGCAGUCCUACAAACCGGUGCCCCCCCCCCAGAACCAGACCACCAACUGCAGACGAGGAGUCCAGAAGCCAGCGUCGCCCAUCAGUCUGGACCCGUCCCAGCGGCAGGGCGUGGAGGGUCUGAUCUCGGCGGCUCCGUGCCGCUUCGACCACGCCGCCCUCUUCAGCGUCCUCCAGAAGCGAACGCUGCAGCACCGCAUGAACGACUCCUUCUCCUGCCUGGGCUGGUUCAGUCCCGGUCAGGUGUUCGUCCUGGACGAGUACUGCGCCCGCUACGGCGUGCGAGGCUGCCACCGCCACCUGAGCUACCUGAGGGACCUGAUGGAGUACUCUGAGAACAACGCGCUGGUGGACCCCACGCUGCUCCACUACAGCUACGCCUUCUGCGCCUCCCACGUGCACGGAAACAGGCCCGAUGGGAUGGGGACGGUGACCGCGGAGGAGAAGCAGGACUUUGAGGCCAUCAGAGGACGCAUCGUGUCUCUGCUGGAGAACCAGAUCACACAUUUCAGGUACUGCUUCCCCUUUGGACGACCAGACGGGGCCCUGAAGGCCACGCUGUCGCUGCAGGAGCGGGUUCUGAUGAAGGACAUCACCACGCCGGUCCCUCCCGAGGUAAAGAACCUGGUGCGGAGAUGUUUGAAGAACGCCGCUGAAAUCAACUACAAUCAGCUGAUGGAGUACGCUCAGGUAAAAGCCGAUCCUCAGGCGUCUCCGGGGAGGCGCCUGGAGGACGCGAUGCGCCUGGGGGAGCUCUGCAUGGAGGUCCUGCAGCAGAACGACGAGCAUCACUCCGAGGUAACGUCGGCCUCCUGCUGCUGCUGCUGCUGCUGCCAUGACAACCGAGACGCAAUUAUUGUUAAACAUUUAAACAGAAAUAAUGAGAUGUUGCAACUGUAAAAGAGGACACACUAACACCCAUCCAAAGACAUCAGUCAACACGCUGCACAAAUAACAUU